AGUUUACUUCACCGUCCGUCAGGAAAGUCUGUAAGUCGCAGAGAGCUGAGGCCGAGCAGCCUGAGGACACCAGGGGGAAACCAGGAAACAUUUUCCGAUCCAGUUUCACCAAAAUCAGCUAAUGACUCCAAAUGCUGGCACCAAGAGAAAAGGAGAAUAAAAGUGCAUGAAGAUGGCGACCUGAGAAAAUCCAGAGACAGCAGGACGGAGCAGAAUGGGACACCCUAAUGUGGCACUCGUGUACACUUACACACAUUCCCACUGGGAUAAACGCAGGACCAGUCGACUGCAACCCUACACACCAAACGACAACCUGAACAACGCGUUAGGCGCUAUCAGAGUCCUCGGCUUGGAGCUGAUUGAGGACGAACUCAGACCACAUCUGAACACGGUGCUGAUCAACAUUAGGGAGAGGAACAAAGGUGCUCCUGAGCAGGUGGUGAUCAGUGGGAUCCUGCCAAUUCUGGCGCUUUCUCUGAGACACAGAGGACCUCUCACAGUGCUGACGGCACAACUAGUGGCUGAACUCGCCAAAGAAUCUGUGGUGUGUAAAGGUUUUGGUGACGCAGGUUUGGUUACGGCUCUGCUGUCUGUGCUGACCAGUACAGACCGAGUGCUGCUCUUUUACACUAUAAGGGCCAUCUCUCGCAUGUCUUACGACAGCUCCAAGCUGCAAGAACUGCUACUACGCCAAGGUGCAGUUCCCCGUCUUGUUGCCAUUUUGCUCCGCUCCCCCGAUGAGGAGGCCCUCGAGGAGGUGUGCCUUCAGGCCCUCUGUAACCUCAGCGGCAUGGGAGUGGCAGAGGAGGCUGGCAUGGUCUGGGAGAGAGGUGUGUCUGUGAGGCCGGGGGAGUCUGUUUUUCACGGCGUCUCUCCUCACACCUGUGCUUUCGCCUCGUCGGUGACUUUGGUGUGCGUGUCCCAGUGGGCGCCGGGUCAAUACGCAGUGAACAUCGAGGCUUUCCAGCGCUGCUCCUCGUCUUUCUGGAACCUUCAUGGGAACAAACGGACGGCGCGUUGGUUCCCGUUCUCCAACUUGGCGAACUCGAACUUGUACAAGGUGAUCAAGUUCUCUACGAGGAAUAUUCCCCGGACCAAAAGUCUAAGGACUCGCAUGUUCCACACUUUCCUCUGACAUGGCACCAUAAAUCCUGUAAACUGAGAUGGGAUUACCACAACCUCCCUAAUUACACCGCUUAAUUAUAAUUGGUACACACCAGAACAUCAGGGGAAUGUUUACACACCAUAAAUCUGGACAAAUGCUUCCAAAUGUCUUGUCUAUCCCGGUUGACUUUUAUCUUUAGCAAAUCAUAAAAAAAGGACUGUUUGUUCUGAAAAGCUGACUUUUUUUUACGAUCACCUGUUUAUUUCCAACACAGCAACACAGUAACACAGCCAUUACAGGAUCUGCUGCUACGUAGUACUGUGUGUUCUUCUGCAGUAAUUAGAUC